AGUGAAUAGUUUUUUAAUAUAGGAUUAACAUGUGGUCUGUGUGAGGUAAAAAUGGGUGUUUGUAAGGUGUAUAUACUACUUAUAGUUUAUAUUAAUUAUGCGAAUUCAUUGGAAAGCUAUAGCAACAGGCCACGCAUCAAAGUUACCGAUGGAGAUCUUCAAAUUAUUGCUCCUUCAGGAAAGAACGUUGAAUUUGUUGUAAAAGGAGAAGACGCUAUGGUCUCCAUAAACCAAAUAAAUGUGUUAAAAACACUAACUCAGGCUCAAAGUGCAAUAAAACUAACAGCAUCGUACCAACACACCCUGACGUCAUACAGUGACCGACUGGAAGCACUGGAAACCAAAUCUUUUGAGAAUCCUAUCAUGGAAGGCAAUUUCACAAAUGCCACGCAAGGGAUAUCCAGAAUGUCUUUCAGAAAACUCAGUAGGAGAGUCGAUUUGCUUCAGAAAAGAAUCACUGCCAUGCUGGUCAUCCUAACAAGAGAUGACUGCGCUAGCAAUCCUUGUAAAAAUGGAGGCACUUGUCAGGAUUUGUUUGGCAGUUAUUUUUGCCAGUGUCCCCCGCAGUGGGAAGGUUCUGAUUGUACUGUUGAUGUGAACGAAUGUAACAGAUUUCAAGGUACUGAUUUGGGUUGUCAAAAUGGUGCCGUAUGUGUAAAUACACCUGGUUCUUACCGAUGUGAUUGUGUGAACGGAUAUAUUGGUCUACACUGUUUAAGAAAAAGUGUUGACUGCGCUACAGCUGGAGCAGAACUUUGUGGACAUGGAACCUGUAUAUCACAAAAUAACCAAAACGGCUACAAAUGUUUAUGUGAUCCGGGUUGGACAACAGACGGCAAAACUGCAGCUUGUAAUGUAGAUGUCAAUGAAUGUUCACAAAACCAUCCACCAUGUGCACCCAAUGUUGAAUGCGUUAACGUCCCAGGAUCAUUUUACUGCGGUCAUUGUCCUCCAGGUUUUACUGGAAACGGCUAUCACUGUACAGACAUAGAUGAAUGUGUAACUAACAAUGGAGGUUGUAGCAUGAAUCCACUUGUGUUAUGUCUAAACACUCAUGGAUCCAGAAGUUGUGGACCUUGUCCUUCAGGAUAUUUAGGAAACGGUAUGUCUUGUACCUAUCAAGGUGUAUGUAAUAUCAACAAUGGAGGUUGUCAUCAAUUGGCUACUUGUUCUGAUAGUUCUAAUUUAGGCACAGUGCAGUGUGUUUGUCCAUUGGGAUACGCUGGCACCGGCACUGGUCCAACCGGUUGUGUUCGUACAAAUACUCCUCUACAUGCCUGCCAACCAAACCCAUGCGUUCAUGGACGCUGUACCAUUGCUGAUGAUGGAAACUACCACUGCAAUUGUUACAGGUUUUACACAGGCGCCACUUGCGACACUUUGAAAUCAGACGCUUGUACACCGAAUCCAUGUAAAAAUAACGGCGAAUGUCAAAGCGUUAAUAAUAGACUAAAAUGUGUUUGUAAGUCUGGAUUUACUGGAGCAUUCUGUCAAACACAAUUGCAAGGGUGUGGCGGUUAUUUAAGAGGCGAUAAUGGUACCUUAAAAUUCCCAGCUGGAGAUUUUGCUACGUAUAAUCAUCGUUCUAGCUGCGCAUGGAAAAUCACGUUAAAUUCAACAAAUAAGGUUAUCAAACUAAACUUCACUAAGUUCGAUCUAGAAGAUUCACCCAAUUGUGGAAAUGACUGGUUGGAGAUUCACGAUGGCCCAAAUACGGUAGCUCACAUUUUGGGUAGAUUCUGCGGAAACAAAUUACCUUUGAAUGGAACCUUGACGUCAACACACGAUACACUGUAUUUGUGGUUUAGAUCUGAUGUAACAGUUGCUAAAGAUGGAUUCCAACUUACUUGGACAGCAGCAAAUCCAAAAUGCGAUGAAGUAAUUAUGCAACAACAACACGGAUCUAUUCAAUCACCUGGUUCUCCUGGAAAUUAUCCAUUAAAUCGGGACUGUCAUUGGACAAUGUUAGCAAAAUACGACAAACGUUUUCUGUUCCACUUCUUUUCAUUAAAUAUAGGCGACAAUAGCGAUUGUAGUGCUGAUUAUUUGGAAUUCUUCCCAAAGUUAUUACCCUCACCAGGAGAUCAAACUUUCGCUAAAUUCUGUAACAGUUCCAGUCCCGAACCAUUUUAUUCUCCAGGAAAUAGAGUUAACAUACAUUUCCACUCAGAUGGUAAAGAUAACUAUCCCGGUUUUCAGAUAACUUAUUCAAUUGUAGAAGGGGUACCAGGUUGUGGAGGUGUACAUACUGCCGCAGAAGGCGUAAUUACUUCAUCACAUGCAGACACUGGUGACCUAAGCGUUUGCCAAUACAAAAUUCAAGGAGGUUCUGAUACUAAAAUCAAAAUAAACUUUAUGCGUUUCGACUUACCAGCAGGGUGCAGUUUUAAUUAUUUAGAGUUGCACGAUGGAGCAGACGAUAAUGCACCUUCUCUCGGAAGAUUUUGUGGAAAUAAUUUACCUCAUGCAUUUAUUUCACAAGGUAAUCAAUUGACAAUUGUGUCAUCGUCAACUGGUGGUGAAAACAAAGGAUGGACAAUUGAAUACGUUUCUGUUUGUAGCAAAGUCCUCACAGACGAAACUGGAUCUUUGAACGUACUUCCAAAUAGUUAUGACAUAUUUGAUUGUAUUUAUCAGAUCCAAAGACCUCCUGGCAACGUUAUAAUACUUUUUAUGAAGGUUAAUUUACCAUCACGUAUAUUCAUAAGAGACUCAGUCUCGCGGUACUCCAAGUUUGUUGAGGUACGAGAUGGUGACAAUGACAAUUCAACUCUAAUUGGCAAAUACUCCGGUAUUACAAAUGUAAAUCUCACUUCAACACACAAUUUUCUCUGGAUAAGAGUACGGAAUUAUAGAAGAUUCAACGAUAGGAAUAAUCAAGUUUCUAUACAAUAUACCUCAAUGGAUGUUGGUUGCGGCGGCAUUCUGCGAAAAAAAUUUGGCAACAUCGCUUCUCCUUCACAUUCAGAUGGCUACUAUCCCCCAUCAUUAAACUGCAAAUGGACCAUUAUAGCUCCUCCAAUGUUCGUUAUUCAGCUCACAUGGAUGACGUUUAAUAUAGAGUCCAGUUAUGAAUGUGCGUAUGAUUAUGUGCAAGUAUUUGAUAACAAUACUGAUUUAGGACAAGGGGAACAGAUGGGAAAAUUCUGUGGAUUUUCUCUACCACCCAUGCUGCUCAGCUCCUCCAAUAUCAUGUCCAUAUUUUUCACCACUGAUGUCACAGUUAGCAUGGACGGAUUUCUGGCAUCGUAUAUAUUCAUACAUGAAAAAAACGUUUGCGGUGGAAACUACUUCACUACAUCUGGAGUCAUUAGAUCACCUAAAUAUCCUGAGCCAUAUCCAACAAACAGAGAAUGUACUUGGACCAUCAAUAUACCGCCCGGUCAACAAAUAUUGCUGAAUAUUACUGACUUCAAUAUUGAAUAUUAUUCAAGUUGUCGAUAUGAUUGGCUGGAAAUAAGAAAUGGUGGCACUUCAGCUUCUCCAUUGAUCGGCAAAUUUUGCGGAACUACAAUCCCUAAACAGAUAGUUUCACAUGCAAAUAAGUUAUAUCUAUUUUUCAAGUCAGAUCUAAGCAGGGUCGGUCAUGGGUUUAGAAUUUCAUGGAGCUCCACAGCAACAGGAUGUGGAGGAUUGCUAACGUCACCUACAGGAUCCUUGAUAUCACCACAUUAUCCUGAGCCGUAUGCUAGGAAUACCGAGUGUAUUUGGAAAAUCGUUACUAGUGCUGGCUCUCGUAUACAAGCUGUCUUCUCUGAUAUUAACCUAGAAAAACACAUGCAGUGUUUAGCUGACUAUGUACAGUUAUUUGAUGGACUGACAUUGAAUACACCCUCCCUUGGCAAAUUUUGUUAUGAAGCUCCUGAACCAAUCAAAUCAUCAAGCAACCAGAUGUUAGUUAAAUUUAGAUCAGAUGUAGCUUUUCAGGGAAGAGGAUUUCAGCUUCACUAUACAACAGUGUGCCACAAUACUGUUAAAGGAUUUAGGGGAAUCAUCGAAAGCCCCAACUUCCCCAACAACUUUCCCCAAGAUCAAGACUGUUUAUGGGAAAUUCAAGUUUCCGAUAAAAACAAAAUCAAUAUCACGUUUUCUCACUUUGAACUUGAAAGGUCUCUCUCGAAUCCUAGUGCAAAUAGUAGUUGUCUAUACGACUUUGUUGAGAUAAGUUACGCUGAAAUGAAUGAUGAUUUCGAAGAAAAGACAGAUUAUACCUCUUAUGGUAAAUAUUGUGGAUCCCAAAAUCCUGGCCACCUGAGUCUUAACUCAGAUCAUGUGCAAGUUAGAUUCGUUAGUGACAAGUUACUAUUAGGAACUGGAUUUAGGCUAGAAUGGGAAAUAUUUGGUUGUGGUGGAAUAUUGAAAAAGAAUUCUGGUACGAUAACUUCACCAAAUUAUCCGUAUAGUUACCCCCCUAGCGUGAUAUGUGAAUGGAGAAUCGAAGUUGAUUUCGGACAAAGUAUAGAGAUAGAGUUCCAUGAAAUUGAUGUUGAGAAAGAUACUUCCUGUGACUUUGAUUCAGUAUCGGUAUAUAAUGGAAUAGAUGAUACUUACAACCUGUUAGCAACGAUUUGUAGACAGAAGAGGACUUCCAUUAUAUCCAGUACAGGAAAUUAUAUGUUUGUCAAAUUCAAGUCUGACUAUAGUUAUCAUGGAAAAGGAUUUACAGCAAAUUAUACAACAGUACCAACAAAAUGUGGUGGAAGAUUCACAGCCAGCGAAGGUUAUCUAUAUUCACCUAAUUACCCAAAGAACUACAAUAAAAAUGAAACCUGCGAAUACUUUAUUGAUAUAGACGAAGGGCAUGUCAUUGAGUUUGUAUUUGAAGAUGUAGAUCUAUUCAAAUCGGAUAAUUGUUCGAAAAACUACGUAAAGAUUCACGAUGGACCUUCCGCAGCAUAUCCUGUCUUACAAACAGCAUGUGGUAGUGACACGCCAAAUGGCACUAUUACAUCAUCUUACAAUAAUGUUUUUAUUGAAUUUAGGUCUCAUUCCUUCUUCACAACUAAAGGAUUUAAGCUUAAAUACUACAAAUCUUGUGGGUCUAAAAUUACAACAUCAGGAAAUGGAAUCAUUGGUGUUCAUCAUGAUGAAUUUUCCGACAACACCCAGACCUGCACGUGGACCAUUAUAUCUUCAGAUCCAUCAAAGCACAUCCACUUAACUGUUACGCAACUCCAAGGAGUCUACUACUGUGUUCCUGAGGAUGCUCCAUUAGAAGUGCGCAAUGGACAAACCACGGAUUCUCCGUUGCUUGGACAAUACUGUGGGCCUAAAAUACCACCCAAGAUGACAAGUGAUGGAUCUGCACUUACCAUACACAUCAAAUCUCAGUUAACUUUCUUUGCAACUUAUAGUGUCUAUGAUUCACAUUGUGGAGGUACUUUGGAAGCAGUUGAAGGGUACUUCUCGACUCCAGAGUAUCCCAAAAAGUAUCCGUCCGAUAUAAAGUGUGAAUGGACCCUUAAAAUAGCCGAAGGUAAUCACGUGACCUUAAACUUCAUGGACUUUAGUUUAUUAUCUUCGGAAAAUUGUAACACCGAUUUUCUUGAAAUACGCUCCCGAAAUGCUUCUGGAAAACUAUUGGGGCUUUAUUGUGGAACAAACACACCAAGUAAUAUUACAAACGUUGGCAGUCUCUGGUUACUUUUCCAAAGUAGUAAAAUAGCACCAGGAGACAACACCGUGACGGCGAAAGGAUUCUAUGCACAAUACGUAUUAAAUGAAGAAAAUGAACUGAGUGGUACAAAGGGGCAAAUCGAAUCUCCACUAUAUCCAUUACUUGUCAUGGAUUAUAAAACAUAUACAUGGAAAAUUACUGUAGCUUCGAAGAAACGAAUUAGGCUGUCAUUUAAAGAGUUUUAUUUGGAUGCCAAAGACACAUUUGAUGACGAAUGUUAUUUUGCAACAUUUGAAGUAUUUGAUGGCAUGGAUGAUACAGCCACGUCAUUAGCAAAACUCUGUGGUAUAUCGCUACCAGACCCGAUAACUACGACUUCAAAUGUUAUGUUUAUAAAAGUAGAUUACAGCAGUCCACGAAUGGGCUCGAAGUUUAGAGUAGAUUGGGAACAGAUUGAUGCUGCUGCAAGUGUUUAUACACCUUCAUACAAGACGGAGUGCAACAAUACAGACCAGGUUAUUCAAAUAACCAACGGAACCAGCUAUAUUCUAAGUUCUCCCGGCUACCCACACGGCUACGACCAUAUGCUAAAAUGUAGCUGGGUCUUCUCCACAAUACCUAUGAACCAUCUUUCCGUUUACUUCAUGGAUAUAGAUCUAGCGAUGAGCAGAAGCAGAUUUGCGACCUAUAGAAAGUGUGAUACUUUGAAUGACAAUAUCAACAUUUACCAGAAACACUUUUAUGACAAUGACUGGACAAAGGUUCAAUCUAUAUGUAAGAUGGAUGAUGCUAAGAACCGUAUUCAAGCUACAGAUUUCUUGAAAGUUGAAUUUGUUACAACACGAUACAUAAAUGGAACCGGAUUUAGGGCUAGAAUUGUUGAGACCUGUGGGGGUGAAUUAAGGACUCCAACAGGGUAUAUUAUAUACGGUAAUUCAUCAGUUAAGGGUUCGGAGUGCCAAUGGAACAUAACAGUCGGAUCCACGAAGAUAAUCGAGUUAAUAUUCGAAGAAAUGCAUAUCGAUCAUGAUACCAGUAAAGGUUGUGAUAAUUUCCUAAUGUUAAGAAAUGGCAAAUUUGCAGACUCACCUUUAUUAGGUGUUGGUAAAUAUUGUGGACAUACACUACCUGAAAAGUUGACAUCUACUGGAAAUAACUUGUAUAUCAAAUAUAAAGGAUCAAUGAGUAUAGAGGGCUUUAGACUAAAAUACCAAGAAGUUUCAGCUAAAUGUGGUGGCAACAUCAUAUUGAGUUCAUACGAUAAUUUUACAGAAAUCAGUAGUCCCAACUAUCCUAAUAUUCCCAAUCCUCAUAUAGAGUGCAACUGGAGGAUCACAGCCCCAUUGGGAGAAAUUUUAAGGAUCGAUUUUGAAGAUAGAUUUGAUUUAACUAAUAAACCCAAUUGUGACGUGGAAUACGUUGAAAUUAGAGACGGAGGAACCGAACAUUCUUCAAGCAUCGGAAAGUUCUGCCGAACUUCUCCCAGUUCGGUAUACACCACUGAUAACAUGAUGUUCAUAAAAUUCUUCACCGAUACAGAUGAGCCUAAAAAUGGAUUUAAAGCAAAAAUAUCGAUGUCUCGAUGUGGUGGUACCGUGAGGGGCAGAACGGGAGAAUUAAGUUAUACUGGUACAUCGGCAAUGAACAACAAUAACUGCACCUGGCAUAUUGUUGGACCUGAGGAUCAUUUCCUUAUUAUUAGUUUAAAAACGCUAGACACAACAUGUGGAUCUACAGCCAAUUAUGUUACUGUAUAUGAGGAUUUCCCAAUGACAGAAAUUCAAAGCAAGAAUGGAAUGAUUCUGACGCAGAAUUGUGGAAAGAAUGUACCUCCUACAACCAAAACUGAAUCCAAUUCAGUAAGAAUAGUGAUGACGCGUGGAAAUGUUGGACACUUCUCCCUUAAAUACAAUUCUAGUCAAACUGAGUGUGGUGGGAAGUUAAAUACCGAAAGUGGAGUAAUAGAAUCUCCCGGAUAUCCGUCCAUGCACCACUUGCACAGAGUUUGUCAUUGGGAGAUCGUAGUACCCGAAGGAAGGAGAAUUACAUUCAAGUUAAUAGAUCUCGAUUUGGGAGGAUCUUCAAACAACAUGUAUGAUAGAGGUCUUGAGCUAUUCGACGAUACUACUCUGAAAGUACGACGAGCGUUGAUCACUACCACUUCCAACGAAACUUCAUUUCAAUCUAGCUCAAAUGUGAUGUUCAUUCUUUUCUGGUCUAUCAGCAAGUCGGAGCAUAGAGGAUUCAAAGCCACUUACCAAUCAGAUCUUCCAACGUUAUGUCAAGGAGAUUUCAGCAAAGAAAACGGGGUGAUUACCAAUCCAGAAACAACGAACAAAAUUUACUCUUGUCAGUGGGUCCAUCAGCGUACAGAUGUAGCAAAAGAAAGAACAUUUGCUGUAGCCCUCACAGUAAAUACUAGUCACGAAAAAUCUGAAAGUGCAUGUUCCUAUUCGCCAGUCCUCGUUGAAAUUACUGCCGCUGAUAAGAAGACGAGUUUGUUCAAGGUGUGUGCCACAACAACUGCUCCCGUUGUUAUAAGAUCUCCGUUUUUGGUUACCAAACUAUCGGCUGCAGCUGCAAUGAAAUUCACACUGAACUUUACAGCAACUUAUAGCACUCACGACUGUGGUGGCAUGGUUCACGACCAGUCAGGAGUUAUCUCAAGUCCUGGAUUUCCAAACAAGCCAUCCAAGUCCUAUGAGUGUGCUUGGCUUCUUUCAGUAGGUGCAGGCCAAACUAUAAAUAUAACUACUCUGUCGCUAUCUCUUGGAGAUGAUUGUGAAAAGAGUUACUUAGUAGUUUAUAAUGGCGAACUUCCUACUCAUCCUAGAAUAGGCAAAUUCUGCAAGAACACAAAGCCUGAAGUAUUGAUUUCGCAGAGCAACAAACUAUGGAUUGAGUACAAACAUGACCAAACCUCUACAGGUACAGGAUUUAUGUUGAAAUAUGAAGCCAUGAGUUCAGGUUGUGGAGGCGUUUUUCAUGAUCUAAAACGUACAAUUAGGACACCAAAUUAUGGCGUUGGCGACUAUCCACAUAAAGCAGAAUGCUUGUGGAUUAUUGAGUCGGAACCUGGAUAUCACAUCAAAUUGAAUUUCGUUGAAAGAUUCUUUAUAGAACAAAGUACAAAUUGUACAAAGGACUACGUCGAGAUUUGGAGUUGGGAUUUGGACCACUGGACCUCUUUAGGACGAAAAUGUGGCAGAGACACUCCAACAUCGUUACAAUCCAAGGGAGAAAGAAUGAAAAUUUUGUUCAGAAGCAACGAGGAAACAGCUGGAGCUGGAUUUAAGGCUUCCUGGGAAUGGUUAUGUGGAGGAACAUACCUUGCAGAUAAAAAGACGCGCUAUAUUGUCAGCCCUGGCUACCCCAUGCAGUACAAAAAUAAUCUAAAGUGUGAAUAUACCAUAGAAACAAAAUCUGAAGCAAUUAAUCUAAGAUUCCUUGACUUCGUUUUAGAAACAGGUAGACCCGAUUGUAAAUUCGACAAUCUUACUAUAGCUGGUAAGACAUUCCCAGGAUCAUAUGUUUACACAAGAAACACAUAUUGUGGGGACAAUUCGCCAGAAUCGGUUAGGAUGAGAGGAACAGUGAUUCUGACAUUUAUGACAGAUAGGUGGGUUACAAAGAGAGGGUUCAAACUAGAAUACAAAGACGAUAGUUGCGGCGAAACAAUUACUGAAGAAACUGUUAUAGAAAAGAAACCAACAAAGCAAUUGGAAGGUGGAUCAUACCGCUAUUAUCAACCAAAAAUUAAAUGUAUUUGGAAUAUAACUGCUCCAGCCAAUCAAAUUGUUGUCUUACAUAUAAAAAAAUUGGGAAUGUUCACCAGUACCAUGUGUUAUGGACAAAAUGUAGAAGUCUUUAGUGAUGUAAACAUGGAUCGCGCUAAUCGUUUGGCACAAUUGUGCGGUAGCAUAAAUGAUUCCUUCGUCAUUCCAUCGGAGACUGGAAAAAUGAUUGUCAAGUUAGAAACCUUACCCAUGUCUUUUGGGGGAUUCAUAGCUGAAGUGAGCUUUGCUCAUGGUCCUGCCGAAGGAUGUGGCGGUCAUAUCAAUUUGACAGACUCCAGGGUCAUUGAGUCACCAAACUUAUCUAACUUGGACUGUGUAUGGCAAAUCGUAGCACCAAGAGACCACCAAAUUGAAAUUAAAAUAAACCAUUUUAACAUGGCAAAUUGUGCAAUUAAUAAAACUCAGGAUGCACAUGGAUGUAUUGGAUGUAGUAUGCUGGAGAUUCGAGAUGGCGCCAGUCCAUUUUCUGAAAAAAUAGAAACUCUUUGCGUCAAUGUUAAUGAAGCUGACAAUAGACCGGCAAUACGUACGUCAGGAAAUUUUGGUUAUAUCAGACUUGCGAUUAAUGGACUAAAGACAAAUGCUUUCAAAGUUACGGUAACAUCUGUCAUGUCAAUUUGUGGUGAGUCCGUAUUAACAGCCACUACUGAGGUGAAAACCCUAACGUCACCAGGAUAUGAUACAGGCCAUUAUCCAUCUUACAUUAAAUGCAGCUACGCCAUAUCCACGGGAACUGUAUAUGACAAAAUCGUCCUUCACUUCGACGAGUUUGAUAUUACCGAUGAGAUAGUUGUAACUGAAGAAACCAGGGACUGUAUUGGAGACUAUAUUCAAAUUUACGAAGAUCCAAAUCUUGGCGUUAACACUGGUUUGGGUUCAAAUGUCGUGUAUAAUGGCGCUAAUACACAUACAAAUCUGAUGUACACUGAUGUUAAGGGACGGCAUCUAUUCUGUGGAAAAGACGAAAAACCUUUCGAUUACUAUACAUCCGGACGGUCCGUUACUGUAUCACUGGUUAGCAAAGAUAAAACACCAAAAGGAAAAGGUUUCAAGUUAGAAUAUUCACGAGCAGGGUGUAACAGAAAUUACACUGAACCUCAAGGAAGAAUAACUAACGGAAAUAGUAAAGUAGACUGUAAAUUCUCGAUUAUAGUAGCAGAAAACAGUACAAUCUCAGUAUACUUCUAUUCAUUUUACAUGUAUUUAACGGCAAAUUGUACGGAUAGUGCAAUGGAGGUCAGAGAUGGUUCACCAACAGGAAAAGUAUUAUUGAAAGCAUGCGGUUACCGUUUACCUGAUCCGAUAUUUUCUACAACAAAUAAACUCUAUUUUACCGCAUUUAAUCAUAAAAUAAAUGGACUUUUACUAAGAUAUGAUAUGCUCUAUGUUAGUACCGACGAUGACCCUGGAUGUGGAGGUUCCAUUUUCACAAACAAAGGAAAGAUCUACAGUCCCUUAUAUCCAAACCUUUAUAGGAAAGAUAAAGUUUGUGUUUGGACCAUAAAGGCACCAGUUGGUUUACACCUGGCUCUUAAAUUUACAACUUUCGAUAUACAAGGAUCUUGUGAUUAUACAAACUUAAGGGUAGAUACUGGAGCCAAUUCUGUAGAGUUAUGUAAAAAUGCCGAUCCUAGAACAAUAUACCGAUCAAAAUCGACAAUUACCAUCACGUAUACUUCUUCUAUCCACAAUGGAGGCACAGGAUGGAUUGCCAUCUUCCAAGCAGUAUCCUCAGAUGUGACAGACAUCAAUUAAAAGGUGGUUGAGAAGUUUGUUUUCUAUUAUGUUUUUAUUUAGAUAUUGUAUUAAAAAUAAAAUUUGAUAAAUAUAAA